AUGUCCAACGGAAGCACCGCUACUGAGUUCCUUCUCCUGGGCUUCUCUGACGUGCGGGAGCUACAGAUUCUGCACUUUGUGCUGUUCCUGGUGCUUUACCUGGCCGCCCUGGUGGGGAACCUUCUCCUCAUCUCAGCCGUCACUGUCAACCGCCAGCUCCACACCCCUAUGUACUUCUUCCUGGGGAACCUGGCUGUCCUAGACCUCGGUGCCAUCUCCGUCACCGUUCCCAAGUCCAUGGCCAACUCCAUAUUGAACACCAGGUCCAUUUCCUAUGUUGGGUGCAUCACCCAAGUGUUUCUCUUUGUCUUCUUCAAUUCAGCAGACAUCACCUUACUGACCGUCAUGGCCUACGACCGGUACGUGGCCAUCUGCCAGCCGCUGCACUACCAGAGCAUAAUGAACCAGAAGGCUUGUGCCCACAUGGCGGCCGGGGCCUGGAUUAACGGCAUGCUCAAUUCUGCCAUGCACACGGGAAACACCUUUGCGAUCACCUUCUGUGAGAGCCACGUGGUGGAUCAUUUCUUCUGUGAAAUCCCCCAGCUGCUGAAGCUUUCCUGCUCUGACGCCUACGUUGGCGAAACCGUGGCAAUUGUCUUGAGCGCGUUCUUAGUCUUAUGCUGCUUUGUUCUGAUCACCGUGUCGUACGUUCUGAUCUUCCAAACGGUGCAGAGAAUCCCCUCGGAGCAGGGCCGGCACAAGGCCUUCUCCACAUGCCUGCCCCACCUCGCCGUAAUCUCCUUGUUUAUUUUCCCUGGCACCAUCGCCUACCUGAAACCCACCUCCAGCUCGACGUUCGGUUUGGACCUGGUGGUGGCCACUGUCUAUGCCCUGCUGCCACCUGUAAUGAAUCCGGUCAUCUACAGCAUGAGGAACAUGGAGAUCAAAGCUGUCCUGUGGAAAAUGUUGGGAUCGAGGCUGUUUUCCAAAAAUAAAAAGCCCACCUGA